UAACAGUGGAACCAAGGUUAGCUCCAUUCAGAAUUUCAGUGUGAUUUGUGAAAAAGUCUCGGUCCGAUUUCCAGGGCUAGAAAUGCUGGGACAAUGCCAUCAUUUCCCCCGUGAUGUAUGGUACCGCAUCGUAAGUGGGUGGAGAAUAGUACAGCUUUAAGUGUGGCACUCGCUCCUCCUGCUCGAUCCCGGAAGAUCUCGGCUUCCUUCCGAACACAGGAUCUUGGUAAUUUCUUCACCCGUUGCGCAGAGCCGAGUGAGCGAGCACGGGCAGUGAGAUGGGGAGCCGAGAGGAUGAAUAUGAUUAUUUGUUCAAAGUUGUAUUGAUUGGUGAUUCUGGGGUUGGAAAGAGCAACCUCUUGUCAAGGUUCACACGUAAUGAGUUUAAUCUGGAAAGUAAAAGCACCAUUGGAGUGGAGUUUGCCACCAGGAGUAUCCAGGUGGAUGGAAAGACAAUUAAAGCACAGAUCUGGGACACGGCAGGGCAGGAGCGAUACCGUGCCAUCACGUCAGCGUACUACCGUGGAGCUGUAGGUGCCCUGUUGGUGUACGAUAUUGCCAAACAUCUCACGUACGAGAAUGUCGAGCGGUGGUUGAAGGAAUUACGUGAUCACGGCGACAACAAUAUUGUCAUCAUGCUGGUUGGGAACAAGAGCGACCUACGUCAUCUCCGAGCUGUGCCCACGGAUGAGGCGUGGGCGUUUGCUGAAAAGAAUUCGCUUUCAUUUAUUGAAACAUCUGCCUUGGACUCAACUAAUGUGGAGGAGGCUUUCCAAAAUAUUUUAACAGAAAUUUAUCGCAUUGUUUCUCAGAAACAAAUCUCAGACCGGAUUGCACAUGAGACACCUGGCAGUGACGUAGUUGAGAUUGAUGUUCCCCCAACAAGUGAUGGGCAGAAAUCAAGUAAACUGGCAUGUUGCCAGAACAUGUAACCACCUGAUUUUGUUCUGCUGUGAUUCUCACCCAUGUCUGUCCAUUAUUUUAAGUGGAAUACUUCAGUCCAAUGCACUGAAUGAUUUAACCUUUUGUUGGAUUUUUGUUUUGCUGUUACCUUAGGCAGCAAAUAAUUGCUUAAAACAUACAGGUAAAAUCACAAGCUCCCUUUGCUCAAGGCCUAAAGACAAGCUGCCACUAAUUCAAUCCCAGUUUUAACUAACCUCUCAUUCUCGGCUGAGAAUAAAGACCGAGGCAAACUGAUAAGGAUAUCCUUGGCAUUCCAGGGCCUGGGUGAUGGAAGGAAAACCUUGCAAGUCUGCUGUUUCCAAAGGCCUCGCAGAUGUGACCUUCAUAUAAUCUCAUUCCAGUUCCAAAUGGAUCUGAAUGCACAGCACAAACCUGCACCAAUUUGGGACAAAUUCAAUUCCAGUCCAAAGUGAUUCAAGAGAAAAUAUUUAACCGGAGAUGAAAUAUUUGUUCUACAAAAGAAUACCUGCCAUUUUAUAGUAAAUAUAAUUAAAAAAUAAAUGUGGUUAAAUUCUAGCAAUGUC